CAGUCAAGAGACGCUAGCCAGUCACACACACACACACACAUAGAUCUGAGCGAGCCAACCAACCACUCGGCGAUUCGCUGACUGAUAGAAAUCUUGUCAUUAAUACAAGUAGGCUAGGUAGGAUUCAGUUGUCUGAGAUCUACAGUUACAUAGAACAUUAAUCUCAAGUCGUGAUGGUUAUCAGCAUUAAGCGUUAGCACUGAGUAGGUAGGUAUAGGGUCGUGGCCUUUCGUUCGUUCGUUCGCUCAAGUCAAGGAUCUUCUUUCCUGGACUGUUGUGUAAACUGUAACGUCAAGACAGGUUGCAUGUCAAGCAAGCACAAGAAGCAAACCGGCCGUGUCGUGUCAUCGUUCGCGGUGUGUAGUGUUGUAGUAGUUUUAACGAACUAACCCGCUGUGUCUACACACCUAGCUAGGGGGGCGUGUCUGAGCUCUCGGCUUGCUGCUUGCACGCCGCCGUGGCGAGUUGCUUGUUGUGAAGACUUGUGUUGUGUAAGACCAGACGCCCUCCUUCCCGCCAUCAUGUCGCAGCAGACGAGAGAGAGGAUCUCGACCUUGACCUUGUUGGAGAACACGCUAGAUCAGCAGCUGGAGUCAUUAGAACAUGAGCUGAGUCUGAACGAAAGGAAGUACGUCAUCCUGCAAGCGCUGGGCGGGGCUAGUGACAGCCUGGACCAAUUAGAUUCGAGAAUCCAGAGAGGGCGUGGCCUAAUCAAGUCCCUGCAGCCACUGCUUCAACAGUUGUUUGAGGAGAGACAGAUGUACAUUCAUCUUGCAAGACUGAAGAUUGGGUCUCAAGACUUAGACCAAAGGGAAGGUGACUCAGUCGCCGGAGAAUAUUCCUGUCCACAAACAGAGGACGGUUAUUGCCCUUGUCAACACACCGAAGAUGAAUCGGGAAUGUUUGCCGAGAGAUCUAACGAGAGAAGCAAAAAGUCAGCUAUUAAAAGACUAGAAUAUGUAUGUACAAAUCGCUUAGAUCAUCAUCGUCCAUCACAUGACGUGAAGCAAGACAACUCGCAGGAAUUUUCUGGUCAAAGCGGAAGUACAGAAGGUGAUUCUCUCCCUUGCAGGACAAGAGAGCCAGCGUUGUCUGAUCGUGAGAGCAACACCAUGACCUUUUUUGGUGGAUGUGGAGGCGGCCCGAACUUGUCAAGUCCUUCCUACAAUGACACAAGACAAGCAGUCCCGCACCACCUUCACAGUGAUGCUGCCUUUUUAACCGCUACUUCCCCAGAUUUCAUGUCAGAGGCCCAGGGGGGCUUCACCUGCUAUGGCUUAUCUGAAGCCCACAUGGUUCCAGAUCACAAUAUAUCCGAGACCCAGUUGACCUUCACCUGUGGCACGUCCGGUCCUCUAGAUCACAGCUCACAUGAGACCCAGAUGAUGUGUGCUUGUAACACAUCUGAGGCCGGCAUGGAUCUUGACCAUGACACACCUGAGGGUCACAAGAUCGAAAUGCGCAGCAUACCUGAGCUUGCUAUUAGUUCCGACCGUACGACGUCUGCAGCACAGAGAGAGCGCGUUCCCAGUUCUGUGUCCACGCAGAGAGUUACUCGAGAAGUGCAAGGUUUGCCGCAGCAUAGAUUCCACACACACCAAGAGUUGUGUCCCCCUUCUCCUACCUCCCACACCACCAGGGUGCCACCUCCGUCCGGGGCCAGUCACAUCGCGAGACACAACGGGCAGUCAGAGAGUAGUCUUUCCUGGCAUGUCCAGGAGGACGAGAUGGAAGAGGAAGAAAUGCUCCAGCACUCUGUCUAUCAUUGUAAGGCUCUGAAAGUCUCGUCUUUGCUGGAGGAAGAGUUCCUAAUGAGACAUCAGUGAGCCUCUCCAAAGUCUGCUUCGUUAUGGGCUCGUCGAAUUAGCCUUUCCAAAGACGUUAUCCAGCAUCAGGUUCCAUAGACCCCUCUGAUGCUUCUAUCUACCAUCAGAGGGGACUUUCCAAAGACUAUUACGCCGGCAGUAUUUCAUACAGACGUAUCUCAAAGGCUGCCAAAAAUGACUUAUGUCUGUAUGCAAUGCUGCCAGUGACUAUCCAAUACAAAGUUCCUUACACCUGUCUGAUGCUUCCUACAUGCCAUCAGAGGGAGCAUUCCAAAGACAUUAUCCAACAUCAGGUUCCAUAGACCAGUUUGAUCUGAUGCUUCUAUCUACCAUCAGAGGGAACAUUCCAAAGGCCAUUAUAUAAUCCAAUACAAAGUUCCAUAGACCAGUAUCCAGUACCAGGUUCCAUAGACUCCUCUGAUCUCAAUAUCUACUAUCAGAGCAGACGUUCAACAGACCAUUAUCCAAAUCAGGUUCCAUCGACCCAUCUGAUGCUUCUAUUUAGAACGAGACGGAACGUUCCAAAGACCAUUAACCAACAUCAGGUUCCAAAGACCCUUCCUUUUUGAUGCAGCCUACCUCAUAGAUCAAGUAUUUUGUGUCAGUUCAAGUGUGAAAUAUUUGCAUGUUUUAGUUUUGGUAAGACUAAUAGAUAAGAUUUGUGCCAAAGAUUACACAUGUUACUAUUACCAUCCAUCAAAGGUAGUGUAAAAAAAUACUGGCGCAUGGUAGAAUAAAAAACUGGAAAGACUCCUAUUUUGUACCAGUACCGUACUACAUUGUUCCAGGUUCCAGACUUUCCAAAGAUUCACCAUCGAAUUUAAUGUAAAAUGAGACACUCCAAAGACCUGAGCAUUCAAAUGGCAUUAUCAUGACAUUGUCGCAAAGCCUUCAUCAAACGGGACAUUCCAAAGACCUCAGCAAACCAGUGCCAUGAGACGUCCCUACUCAGCCAGUGUACUAGAAAGUGGAACAUUUCAAAAACCUAUACAUUCUGUCGCAGUCUGUGUACUCUAAAGUGGGACAUUUCAAAUACCUUUACAUACUCAGCCAGUAUACUAUAAAAUGGGACAUUCCAAAGGCUCAGUCAGUGUACUACAUUUCAAAUACCUAUACAUACUAAGCCAGUUUACUAUGAAGUUGGACAUUCCAAAGGCCUAUACACUCAAAAGGUGUACUACAUUUCAAAUACCUUUAUAUACUCAACCAGUAUACUAUAAAGUUGGACAUUCCAAUGGCCUAUACACUCAGUCUGUAUACUAUAAAGUGGGACAUUUCAAAUACCUUUGCAUUAAGCCAGUAUACUAUAAAGUAGGGUAUUCUAAAGACCUAUUCAUGAUACUAUGCCAGUACACUAUGAAGUAGGACAUUCCAAAGACCUACUCACUGAAUUCACGUUAUAUGGGACAUCAUCAUGACAUAGUCCCUAAGAGUCUAGUAACCAAUUAAGCAGCUGCAGUUUAAUUCCCAAGGUACGCAUUUGGUGACAUAUUAUACAGAAAGUUUGGACUCGGCUGCCUGAGCAGGCCCAUUUACCUUGUCACUCAAUGAAAUAUUUUUCAUAGAAAUAAUAAUACGUUCAGUGCAGCCUCUCUGUAACGACAUCGUUGGGACCAGAAAAAAAUGUCGGUAUAGAAAGUUGUCGCUAUAGAGAAGCAACCAAAAAUAUUAUUAAUGAUAUACAUGUAUAAGGAAAAAAUCGGGACCUGGGCACCAUGUCGCUAUACAGAGGAUGUCGUUAUAUUGAAGGUCGUUAUAGAGAGGCUGCUCUGUAUAUAUGCCAUGUACAAUAUAUUAUGUAUUCAUUUUGCCUAGACCUGUUUGUUCAGAUGUGCCUUGUGAUAUUUCUUGUUCUGUAAACAUGCGAAGCUCCUCUUUAACUUCACCAUGAAUCUUGCAUCAUACAUGUUCAGCACUCAGUAAUAUGACAGUAGUCACAGUAAAUUUGUACUUUAUUUCCAUCACAUUCGAGACCAUUUUCAUAUAGUUCUGUAAGGUGCUGAAAAAAGGUGGAAAUUGCCAGUAUCUGGAUACAUCUAAAAUUAUUUUGGCUCAAAAUACGGCCCAUGUUAAGGAAAAAAUCAGCUCGUCUUUGAAUAUUGUGUACUGGUAUAUUUGAUCACGGUCUCAUUUUCAGGGUCACAAGUUCAAAGUUAAAGUGCUUGUCAUAGUUGUGUAUUUCACUGAAGGUCACAUGAUGUCACAGCAGCUUCCCCUGAAUGACACAGCCGCAAAAUACUAAGGAUGCAAUAGCUCGUACUAAGGACUAGGACGCAAUGCACAAUGACAUGUUCAUGUACCUAGUGUAUUUUCCUGACCUGAAGUCGGUACAUUACAUGAAUGUUUCGCAGUCUUUUAAAAUUUUGAUUCAGUAUUAAUGUAAAGUACACAUGAAAAAAAUUAAAAGGAGUCCAAAUUUAAAUUCUUUAUAAGAACAAGAACCAUGGCAUAAAAAGGAAAGAGUAAAGUCAAGAUUUAUAUUUAACUCUUUAAAUACCACAGUUUAUCACCUUAUGCUCUGUCCUAUGGGGUAAAGAAAGUUAGGGCACAGAAGGAGUUAAUGUUCAACAAUGGAAUGGCCUAUGUGCCUUUGACCUCUCUCAAAAGGGAAAUGAUGUCUAUGAGGCCAAUAAUUGCCUGUGGUUUGAGUUUAAAACUCCUAGCUACUUCCAGAAUAAUUUUUUAAAAGAGAAUUUCUUGAUGUUAAGUGGCCUCUGCGUUGGUUAGAUCUAUCUUUAUUAAUGUGUCUUUUCCUUUCUGCCCAUCUGUUAAAUUCACAAAGGGAGGAGUCAUUAAUCAGCUCACUGACGUGGCUUGACCGUCAUUUAGAGCCAAGAAAAAAAACAUCGACUGGUAAUACAACAACCAACAAACAGACCAAAACUAAACAACUCAAACUGAACAAAAAAGUUAAAGGAAAAAGUCAGGUACAUGUAGCCGACAUUAAGUGUGUGCGUUCAUGUGCAUGUGUUAUGUGUGCAUGUGUUAUGUGUGCAUAAAUGCUUAUAUUUACAAUGCAGCUUCUCUAUAACAGCAUCGUCGGGACCAGAAAAAAA